UUGCAGAUUGUGACCCGCGACGGACUUGGACCUGAACCCGUUGACGCCCGGACCCCUGUUGGCUCUUCUUCUCUGGCAGUCUGGCCCUUCGCGUCUGUCCUCUCCUUUCUUCUUCCUGCCCUCUCCCCUCCGGCGCUCCCCUCUCCACCCCGUCGCCGGCGAGAGCCCAGGCGGAGUCGCCACAACCCGCAGGAGAGAUCGUCCCCAGGAAACAAGGGUCUUCUGGAAGCUUCUUCCUCCCCCAAGGGUUGUGGCCGUCGAAUUGGCCUGAAAGAUCCCAGUUUUAUUCGGAAGAGCGGAUUUCUCAUCUCAAAUCCUGAUCUGCGUACUGGUGAUGGAAAGUUCCAUCUUUUAUGAUGCUAGGCUGUGAGAAGUUCAUGCGGCUCCCAUGGUUGUCUUGAACCUUGAUUGGCACAUCAGGUGAGAAGGGGCAGUAGCCAGUAGGAGGUGAUAGAGCAGGAAGAAGGGGUAGAAGAGAAGCAGGCAACAAUAGGAAGGACGAAGGAGAAGGAAAGGAGGGAGCUCUCCAUUGGGGAGCCCCUCCUCACCUCCCUCUCCAUGGAGAACAGCAACAGCCACCCCUGCACUCUCCUCUCCAUGGACCCUGCUGGGUCGCGCCCGGCCUCUGCCGAGUCCUCUGGUGGUGUUGGCGCCAAUGGGGUUGGUAGUGGUGGUGACAGGGAACUCUUCAUCAUUCCUCGGCAUGAGUCUGCACAUCCGGGUCCGCCAGACAUCAACCUCCCUCUUUCUGCAGACCCCUCCCCACCACCUCCUUCGUGGAGCCUCGACCCGUUUGACAUGCUUGAUGUCAAUCUUGGCACUCAUACUUAUGAGUCUGAGGUUGCACUUACACUUCCAAAGUCGACCGGCAAUGGUAGUGUUGUGGUCGGUGUUGGCGCGAGGAAGUGUGCUAAGAGAGGAGACAGCAUUUGGGGUGCAUGGUUCUUCUUCAAUCACUACUUCAGGCCUGCACUUGUGGAGAAGCCAAAGGGGAAAGUGGUGCGAGAUGCAUCCGGGAGCAUCUCGGGCUUCGACAAGUCUGACCUCCGCCUUGAUGUCUUCCUUGUGCAGCACGACAUGGAGAACAUGUACAUGUGGGUUUUCAAGGAGCGUCCUGACAAUGCCCUUGGGAAGAUGCAGCUCCGGAGCUUCAUGAAUGGGCAUUCCAAGCAUGGGGAGCCAUCUUUUCCAUUCAGUGCCGACAAGGGCUUUUCGAGAUCACACCGCAUGCAGCGAAAGCACUACCGCGGGCUGUCAAACCCGCAGUGCCUUCAUGGGAUUGAGAUUGUGAACUCACCAAAUUUAUCAGCAGUUCCUGAGGCUGACUUGAAGAGGUGGGCUGAACUCACAGGCAGGGAACUUAAUUUCUCAAUACCAUCUGAAGCCAGUGGCUUUGAGUCAUGGAGGAAUCUGCCGAGCACUGACUUUGAACUUGAUAGGCCACAGCCACCAUCAUCAAAGGGUGUCUCACAUGGCUCUCAUAAUCAUAAAAAGGGACUGAAUGGUUCAGGUCUUAAUCUAUCUACUCCACCAUCAUCAGAUGAUGGCAUGGACCUUUCACCAAAAUGCGCCAAACGCCGCAAGGACUUCUUUGGCCAUGGUGCAGAGGACUGUGCGAUGGCAAACAAUUCUUGUUCUGAUAGAGAGCAAGAGGUAGAAGUCCACACUGGUGAGCCAUCAUGGAUGCAUGAGUUCACCGGUGUGGCUAAACAUGCUAGUGGGCCUGUCACUGCUGCCAAGACAAUAUAUGAGGAUGAUGAAGGGUACUUAAUCGUGGUGAGCAUGCUCUUCUCUGAUCCACACAGCGUCAAGGUGACUUGGAGGAACACACUGACACAUGGCAUUGUGAAGAUAACAUGUGUGAGCACCGCUCGGAUGCCCUUCAUAAAGAGGCGUGACAGGACAUUCAAGCUGACGGACCCUUUUCCUGAGCACUGCCCUCCCGGCGAGUUUGUGAGAGAGAUACCUCUGGCUACAUGGAUUCCAGAAGACGCAAAGAUUGAAGCGUAUUAUGAUGAGACAGGAACUCGAUUGGAAAUCAUGGUCCCAAAGCACCGUGUUGGACCAGAGGAGCAUGAAGUUCAGGUCUGCAUGAGGCCCCCGCACCUUGGUGACAACGAUCUUUUGUUAUCAUAGAACAGAAAAAACGGUUAGCCUUUAGAUCUUCCGUUGUCAUGCCAUGAGAUACUGGAAUGUAACAGGUCAGGCCGUGGAUCAGUGAAAGCCUUCAUCUUUUGCUGCCAAACGUGUAGCUGAUAAGUUGAACUUCUUUUCCCCGUAAAGUUCGUGAUUUAGGUAAAAGUUACCUCUGUUAAUGCCCCCCUGUACCUUUACACAAGGACAUCACUACAUUGGUGAUCUCCUUGACUAUCAGAAAGCUGGCUUGUUAAGAUUUCUGUGUAUAUUCUGAUGAUCAGGUUCAUAAUAAUGUUGAUAGCUACUUAUGAUUCA